AUGGCCUUCUUAAUUCUCAGUGGAGCUGAAAGUACAAAGCUCAUUAGUCGGAUAUCUCCAUCCGGGUUAGGCUCAUUGGGUCUUAACUUUCACAAGAGGUGCUUCUACAAGCAGAAUGUUUUGUCUUAUGGCAACAAAUACGUGACACCCAGAUGCAGCGUCUCAUCAUUGAGGUCUGCUUCUCAGCCUGAAUUCAUCCAACACAAGAAGGAGGCGUUUUGGUUCUUCAAGUUUUUGGCUACUAUUGCGUAUGAUCAUGUCAUAAAUCCUUGUCACUGGACUGAGGACAUGAGAGAUGAUGCAUUGGAUUCUGCUGAUCUCAAUGACCGUAAGAUGAGAGUGGUGGAUGUUGAGGGAGGAACUGCAUUCACCACUCUUGGUAUAGUGAAGCAUUCCCCUCACCAACUCGUGAAGGUCAAAGCCAACGAGAAGGAACCCUUGAAAGAAUGCAAGAUAGUUGAGGGUGGUGCGGGAGAUCUUCCACUUCCAACUGACUAUGCUGAUCGAUAUAUUUCUGCUGGAAGUAUUGGAUAUUGGCCUGACCCACAGCGUGGCAUUAAGGAAGCAUACAGAGUGCUGAAAAUAGGAGGCAAAGCAUGUAUUAUAGGUCCUAUAUACCCAACUUUUUGGUUGUCUAGAUUCUUUGCAGAUAUGUGGAUGCUCUUCCCGAAGGAGGAAGAGUAUACUGAAUGGUUAAAAAAGGCUGGUUUCAAAGAUAUCAAGAUGAAAAGGAUAGGUCCAAAAUGGUAUCGUGGUGUACGGCGUCAUGGCCUCAUCAUGGGUUGCUCUGUGACUGGAAUCAAGCCUUUAUCUGGGGACUCUCCGCUCAAGCUUGGUCCUAAGGCAGCGGAUGCGAAAAAGCUUGUAAAUCCUUUGUUGUUUCUCUCGCGAUUCAUUCUUGGUACAAUUGCAGCUACUUACUAUGUACUAGUUUCAAUUUACAUUUGGAUCAAGAACAAAAUUGUUCCAAAGGGCAUGGCCAUCUGA